AUGGCAUCGACUGGCUCCUCCUCCAAGUACUUGUUAUACUUUGUUGGUAUACUUCUACUAAUCCACUCGGGAUAUUCAGCAUUUGAAUUUCAUAAAUAUGCAAUACAUUACAACCAUCACCUUCACCACCAGCACCAGCACCAGCACCAGCAUCAGCACGGCAGUAAUACCACCGACCAGUCAAUCUCUUUACCAUUGGACAUCUACAUUGAAGCUAUAGUUGGAUUCAUUAUCGUUAUGGUUGGUGCUAUCGCAUCAAUUGAAAAUCCGGUACAUUUAUCAAUCGACGACAAGGUGAUUGUUGAAGAGCUGAAGUACUUGAGACCAAUUGAAUUGAAGGAUAGUUUACAAUUGGGUGAGCGAGUUGGUAUUAAUGCAUUUACCGAGUUGGAACUGAGAGUUGCCUUUAUUGAUAUAGUUUCAAAGAGAAAAGAAUAUGAAGAUUGGGUUAAUAAGGAGAAGUUGGAAAUCUAA